AUGUCCUCUAAUCGACCAGUUGUAUUCAUGGACAUCAAUAUAGGUGAAACUCCAGCAGGAAGAAUGAAAAUGGAGCUAUUUAGCGACAUCGUUCCCAAGACCGCUGAGAAUUUCCGCCAGCUUUGCACUGGCGAAUUUCGCGUGAACUCGCGGCCACAAGGGUACAAGAAUGCAACCUUCCACAGAGUGCCAAACUUCAUGUGCCAAGGCGGUGAUUUUAUGAAAGGGGACGGGACGGGCUCUUUCUCGAUAUACGGCGAUAAAUUUCCAGACGAAAACUUCAUUGAGAAGCAUACGGGUCCGGGAUUGCUCUCCAUGGCAAACUCCGGGCCAAACACGAACGGAUGCCAAUUCUUCAUCACCACCGCAAAAUGCGACUUCCUCGACGGGAAACACGUCGUCUUCGGACGCGUCAUCGACGGUAUGCUCACGCUACGCAAGAUCGAGAACGUGCCGACUGGCCCGAAUAACCGGCCUAAGUUGGUCGUUAAGAUUACUGAAUGUGGUGAAAUGUAA